CAACAAACUCACAUCGGAGACUGCCACUCCUCACGACUUCCAUCUCCUACACCGUGAAAAAUACUUCAGUGGGAGAACACAUUUUCCUUCUUUUAAUUCACACUCUACAACACAACUACUAAACACUCAAACAUUAUGCCUGGUGGUCCUGGCGUCCUCUCGGCGCCUCUCAGCCCCGAGCGGGUGGAGGCUCCUGUGACUGUUAAGGCUUAUCUCCUUUGUGUCUUUGCCUCUUUCGGUGGUAUCUUUUUCGGCUUCGAUUCUGGUUACAUGAACGGCGUGUUGGGUAUGAAUUACUUCAUCAACAUGAUGACGGGUCUUCCUAUUCCUGGCGCCGAUGCGGAUCAGGCGACCAAAGAUGCCUUCACUCUGCCAGCUUGGGAGAAGUCUUUGAUCACUUCCAUUCUUUCUGCCGGAACGUUCUUUGGUGCGAUCAUCGCUGGUGACCUUGCCGACUACUUCGGUCGAAGGAUUACUAUCGUUUCUGGUUGUUGUGUAUUUAUCGUUGGUUGCUGUCUGCAGACUGCUUCAACUGGCCUCGGCUUGCUGGUGGCCGGUCGUCUCAUCGCUGGGUUUGGUGUCGGUUUCAUUUCAGCGAUCAUCAUUCUCUACAUGUCGGAGAUCGCUCCUCGAAAGGUUCGAGGUGCUAUUGUCUCGGGUUACCAGUUUUGCAUCACUAUUGGUCUUCUUCUUUCCUCUUGUGUAUGUUACGCAACUCAGAACCGGACCGAUAGCGGGUCAUACCGUAUCCCCAUCGCCAUUCAGUUUGCCUGGGCUCUUAUCCUCGGUGGUGGUCUCCUUUUGCUUCCAGAGUCUCCUCGUUGGUAUGUCAAGGCCGGCAAGAUCGAACAGGCAAGAAAGGCACUGUCUCGAGUCCGAGGUCAACCUGUGGACUCUGAUUACAUCAAGGAUGAAAUCGCCGAAAUUGUGGCCAAUCACGAGUACGAGACUGAGCUUACUCCCAAUGUGACUUACCUCUCCUCUUGGGCUGCCUGUUUCACUGGUGGUAUUCGCAACCCUGGUUCUAACCUUCGUCGAACCCUUCUCGGUAUUUCCAUGCAAAUGAUGCAGCAAUGGACUGGUGUCAACUUCAUCUUCUACUUUGGAACCACCUUCUUCACCGACCUUGGGACUAUCUCGAACCCCUUCUUGAUUUCUCUCAUCACUACUUUAGUCAACGUCUGCUCCACACCUGUGUCCUUCUGGACUAUCGAGCGAUUUGGUCGACGACCCCUUCUUAUCUAUGGUGCCCUCGGUAUGCUUAUCUGCGAGUUCAUUGUCGGUAUCAUCGGUGUCGCCAAGCCUGGAGACACUACAGUCGUUAAGGUGCAGAUCUCCUUCAUUUGCAUUUACGUCUUCUUCUUCGCGUCAACUUGGGGUCCAGGCGCUUGGGUUUCUAUUGGUGAAAUUUUCCCAUUGCCUAUCAGAGCGCGAGGUGUUGGUCUCUCCACCGCCUCUAACUGGCUAUGGAACUGUAUUAUCGCCGUCAUUACUCCUUAUCUUGUUGGAACUGACGAGGCUAACCUCGGUUCAAAAGUCUUUUUCCUUUGGGGUUCAACCUGUAUUCUCUGCUUUAUCUACGCCUAUCUCUUUGUAUGGGAGACCAAGGGCCUCACUCUGGAACAGGUUGAUAGGAUGAUGGAAGAAUGCGGGAGCCCCAGACGCUCAGCGGGUUGGAAACCCCAUACCACGUUUGCAGCUGAAGCUGCCCAGGGUACACAUGGGCUUGACCAGAAUGAGAAAGCGAAAGUUGGACCUGUGUUAUCACAGUCAGAGAUGUUGGAGCAAGUUUAAGUAAUCGGUCCAGGUAUUCCUAUUUUGUCAUAUGUAUACAAUUUGAAGGGACACUAUUAUUAUGAACAGUUUUUAAUUACAGUGCAUCCCAUGUAU